AUGACCGAAGCCCGAGUAGAAUUGCCAGAUGGACACCUUGUGAACCUGUCCCCACGACCGACACGCGAAAGUCCCUACAGAGCGUAUCGAGCAGAAUACAGAGGCUCCGCCACAGAGCUUUCUGCGACUCCUCCCCCUCGGUACACCCGUCAAACAAGGACGCCGGAAUAUGGCGAUUCGCGAAGCGCAUCAGGAAGCAUGUCUCAGGUGCCGAGGAGUACCAGGCUUCCUGUCCCCAGGACCGUUGCCGAAAACCGCAAAAAUGAACUGAGAGAGACCCCCAGUCCUACUGGCAUACCAAAACCGACUACACCAAGUCAACCUGGGCCACCUGGGGACCAGCCUCGAUCAUCGGGCAAGGACCGUGAUCUAUACUGGGGCAAGAUAAAAGAGAAGUUUGAGAAGGACUCUCCUUUAUUGGGAAGAAGCGCUAGGAACAGGGACAAUGGCAUCGACGAUUCUCCAAACCCACGCAUAUCCUAUUACCGUACUCGACCUCCCGCUGCCAGUCGACAGGAUCAGAACAGCCCUUGCGGGGCCACUGCACGAACAGGGAUCCCCAGUCCCAGCACAGCUAAAAGUAGCCCUGCACAGGGUCAUCGGAACGAUGUUCGCCGCCCAUCGGACAGCAACAACAAAUGGCGGAAGCAGGGCGACCAGUGCAUUAAUAUGGAGGCUACCGAGAACACACCGCAUAAGUCUGAGCGAACGGACACGACCACCGACUCCAGUCCACGAUCUUAUCCAUCUAUUUCUCCAGUGUCAGCUGAAGAUAGUUCGAUUACUGACUGGGAAGACCGAUUCGUUGUGAAUAUGCCGACUGCAAAAGAACCCAACCCGCCAAUGAUGACUUCUCAGCAGAUUUCUGAGUAUCAGAAGAGCAUCGAAAGGGUACAUCAAGAUGGAGGACAGAUGGUGGAUCCAGAUGCAUUACCUAGUCGUAAUGCCUCCCCAGAAAGCAAGAUCAGCCCCCGCGCCAAGAGCCCCAGAGAAUUCAAGCCAUACAAAGGAGGAUAUGACGGGGCAUAUGAUGAUCGACCAAAGCCAGAAACGCAGCGAAAUGAGCAUCAGCAAGCGCCGCAGAACGAGCAACAGAGGCAGCCGCAACCACAGCCCAUGUCAGCGUCGCAACGGCAAACGGCAACUCAUUAUUACAGCCCGGAUGAGAUUGGAGGGAAUCGUAUUAGCACAAUUUGGGAAGAGUCGCCAACGAAGACCAAGGAAAAGCGACACCCUCAAAAUGCCGAUGGCUCUUUUUUAGGAUGCAGGGAAAUCUCGGGAGAAAAGAAUCCAGACGAAAUCCUCAUGUUCACUUCGCCGGACGACGCCAGCCUACAUCCACGUCCACUCGCACUACCUUCGAAGAACAAACAGAAGGAUGCGAAGGGAGUGACUGCCCAGCAUAUGAUGAAAAAAGUGGAGGAGACAGGAGUCCUCAAAGAAGAGCGGCCACAAACUUCUCAGAAUUCGAGACAUGUCCAAUGCUCGAAGUCGUCAACAACGUGUCAGAGCCUCAAUUGCCCCCAGCACUCUAUCCACAGGACCGGAUCACAGCACUCGGGAAAAGAGAACACCCUCCCUCCCAAAAACUCAACCGAACAGCCCGCAAGGCUCGAGGACGGUCGGGGGGAAGACGAUGUGUUCAUUAUCAUGCCCACUAUCACACGCACCAUGAUUCCAAUGCCCGACAAGAAACCAUCUGUGCCAAAGCCACAAGGUUUGCGACGUCCUGGUGGCACAAGUCACACAGGCACGGCGGAAGCUAUCAAAGCCGUCCGUGCAAAGGCCCAGAUGAUCUCUACGCCAUCAGGUCUGCGGCCCGGUGUGCCGAUUCCUCAACACGAAUGGACAGCACCUACUUUGACGACUUCCCAAACUCUACCAGCGAGCAGCAUUACUUCAGCGAAAGACAAAGAAGAUACAGACCGCGUCCAAGAACGAGCUACCGGCACAGCGUCCAAUUCUAUCCGUGGCUUCAUCCGUACCGGAGGGCUGGCAAGGUCUACCGGAAUAGUACGAUCACCUACAGAUAGCCUAGCUUCGAUACUUCGUAGUAGCACCGAGUCUCUGCGAAAUCGUGCCGAGUCCCUACGAAACGGCUCGGGUUCUUUGCAGCGUUCGAAUCGGAAGCAACCAGUGACUCCUGAACCAACACUUCCGUCCAGGGACAAUUCAGAAUCAUCUCGCUCAGCGAGGUCUUUUCAGUCCGCCAAAGAGACUCCUGCUACUUCGGGAAAAGUGACCCCGCCGCCACAAAAGUUGGCGGCGCAGGCUCCGCCUGAGAAAAAAUCACCACCCACGAAAUUAGCAGCUACUACACCGAGCAAGCCCGCAGCAGAAAAAGUGAAUCUGUCCGAGGAACCGCCGUCUGAAAAGACAGAAAAGACAGACAAGCCCGCUCCUUCAAUCAAGAAGAUAUCGGCGUUGGCGAAGCCGUCUAAGCAGGAUAAACCAUCCCAGUCCGCCAAGCCAACAAUAUCAGAAAAGAAGUCUUCGCUCCUGGCCGCGAAAAAGGCCGAUACACCUAAAAGGGACGAACGAGUGAAGCCUCAACCUCGAAUCCGCACCUCAAACAGUGUCGUGGAGAUCGCCGAAUUGGAUGGGCUUCAGGUUGCGAGUCCAAAGGAGUCUCUACAAUCCAACAUCACAGACGUCUAUGCCGAUCUGGGUGAGAUGCACACUCGAGAUGAGGAUGAGCCCUCAAGCCAAGGAACAAACCCCCUGGCUCUCUCGUUGGUAUUUGACAUUAUCGUCGUUGCUGUCACCCAAGUGAGUCGGUCUUUCCGAAUGGGUACCGACAGCCCUUGCUCCAAAUUUGUCCUCGCCAAUAUUCUCAACAUGACCUCCCAUUGCUACCGCGUCUUCAAAUGCAUCUAUGCAGCUUUGUCUCGCUACCAGGCUACAGGUUCUUGGCCCAAAGCUCGCAAUGAUCAGGCUAUCAGCAGAUUUAUGCUCGAGUUGCUUCAGGCUGUUGUCUAUCUCUUCAUUCUGGGAUUCGCGGCUAUGCUCGUCGGCCGUGCUGCUAGCUACGUGGUUCUCGUGAGUACUUGGAUUGUCUGGUUUGCAAGACCGUUUGCGUGGGCCUUCCAGUGUGUUGGUCGUGCCCUGAUAAUGUAA